AUGGAUGAGGGCGAGAAAACGGCCCUGUUGAAAGAUAUCGAGGAUUUCCUGGACGAGCGAGCUCGGGGCUGCAUCGACGACAGCCGCCUAAACAGUUUGUUUGCCCAGCUUCCCCCGCAUUGUGUCAUUCUCUUAGAAGAUAUCGAUGCUGCUAGUACUGCACGAACGGAAGACAGUGAAACGAUGAAAAACACUGGCCAGGCCGCGGUAGGCUCUUCACAGAAGAGCAAGUCUCAGAGAAAUGUAUCUCUGUCCGCGCUUCUUAAUGCUCUGGAUGGCGUGUCUUCGCAGGAAGGUCGAUUGCUGAUUACGAUGACAAAUCACAUCGAGCGUUUGGAUGACGCACUCAUCCGCCCUGGCCGCGUGGAUAGACAGGUUUUGUUUCAGCUCACUGAUCACAAAAUGAGUUCUCGUCUUUUCUGCACGGUUUUCAAGUGGUCAGAUGGGGAUCAGCGCACUACAGGAAAGGAGUUCGAUGAUGAAACAAUUGAGGGACUUGCAGAUGAGUUUGCCGCCAAGGUUCCAGACCAGGUAUUCAGCCCAGCUGAGAUCCUGCUAUCGUUCCUGCUUGAACGCAAGCAGUCGCCUACCGACGCAGUGGCUGAUGUGGAGAAUUGGGUUGCCAAAACCAGCAAAGAAAGGGGAAAGGUGAAGAAUUACGCCAGAGCACGAGCAAUUGCCAACCCCACUGACUCUUUCGAGGAUCUUGCGGAGAGUUCCCAGGCUCACAAUGCUUGA